AUGACGAUGAGAGAGGUUGGAUUCGCAGUCUUGUGCCUGCUGUCCUUGCUUGGCCGCUGCCCGCCCCUCUGCCACGCCCAGUCCGAUGGCAGCAGCACCCUGGAGAGCGGAGAGCCGCUGCGGGUGGGCCUGCUGGCCUCUGGCAACUUUCCCUUCUCCCAGCCUGCCACGGGACCCACCCCAGAAAACCACGCAGGCCUGGAGGUGCCGCUGUACAGCCUGGAGGAGCGGCUGCAGGGCGUGUCCAACGGCACCCUGGACCUCACCAUCUCCGCCCUGUCCUACACCCCCGGCCGAGAGGCGGUGGUGCACUUUGUGAGGCCCUUCUAUUACAGCAGCGGCGUGGCGCUGUUUGGCGACGCCUCCCGCAACGGGCUGGCGCUGUUCGGCCCCGGGGCCCAGCCGGGCCAGCAGCUCCAGUCGCCGGCAGGCUGGCAGGGCCUCUUCACAGGCAACUUCCCUGUCGGCCAGACACUGUGCUUCGUGGAGGGCUACUACGCGCUGCCCUUUGUCGUGCAGGAUGUGGAUGUGAACAUCAAGAUCUAUCCCACCCUGGAGCAGGCGGCGGCCAAGGUGCAGGACGGCACCUGCGCCGCCCUGGCCUACGACAGCGUCACGCCCGCCUCCCAGGUGGGGCUCCCCAUGCUGAAUGCCCCGCCCGCCUACGUCGACCCAUACGGGGUGGCUAUCAGCAGGGGAGACGCCGGGUCGGAGCUGGAGCAUAGGCUGGUGUAUGCUCUCACCGGGUGA